AUGCCUUCCAACAAGGAGUUGUCUGCUGCCCUGGACAUCGAGGGCUCCGUCCCUAUCCACAGCGUCCAGCUCGAUGCUAUGGUCGUCCUCAAGAUUGUCAAGCACUGCCGCGAAUCGAUCCCUGCCACAGUCACCGGCCAGCUGAUGGGUUUGGAUGUCAACGGUGUUCUCGAGGUCACCCACUCGUUCCCUAUGCCCAAGAACAACCAGGACUCUGAGGAUGAUGCAUCAAACUACCAGGUCCAGAUGAUGCGCUGCUUGCGCGAGGUCAACGUCGACGAUAACUCUGUCGGCUGGUACCAGUCCACCAACAUGGGCAACUUUAUGAACCAGUCCUUGAUCGAGCACCAGUUCGAGUUCCAGCAGGCCCUCAGCAAGUCUGUCCUCAUCAUUCACGAUGUCGCUCGCUCGUCCAUGGGCAACAUCAACCUUCGCGCCCUUCGCCUCACCCCCGCUUUUAUGCAGUUGUACAAGGAGAAGAAGUUCUCCACCGAGGCUCUCACCAAGGCCAAGUUGACCUUCUCCAACAUUUUCGAGGAACUCCCUAUCACCAUCCGCAACACUGCUCUUUUGACUGCUCUCCUCUACGAGUUGGAGACUGCCGAUGAGUCCGUUGAGGUCUCGACCUCGCAUUUGACCACCUACAAGUCGACUGCUUCGACCCCCGCUAGCAAGUCGGUCUUGGCCCCCAGCUUCGACGUCCUCGACUUGAGCCUCGAUCCCUAUGUCGCCAAGAACUUGGAGAACCUCAUGGAUACCAUUGAUGACCACCACCAGGAGCAGGGCAACUACGCUUACUGGCAGCGCAGCGUCGAGCGUGAGAACAAGAAGAAGGCCGCCUACCUCCUCAACAGAAAGACCGAGAACGCUCGCCGUGCUCAGUCUGGCCAGGCUCCCUUGGCCAACGAGGAUGUGGAUGCCAUGUUCAAGGUCCCUGUCGAGCCCAGCCGUUUGGACCACCUUUUGAUUUCUGGACAGAUCGACAACUACUGCAAACAGAUCAACGAAUUUGCUGGACCAACAUUAGGAAAGCUGUUUGCCGUUGGCGAGUUGCAGAAGUAG